AGACCCGGAAGCGGAUCGAGCGUGGCAGCGGGCACAUUCGGACUAAUCUUACCUGAGAAAGAAGCCCAGAGGAAGAGGAAAGAAAGAAGAGGAGGGAAUGGCUCUUUCCCAGGAACUGUUUACAUUCAAAGAUGUGGCCAUAGAAUUUUCUGAAGAGGAGUGGGAAUGCCUGGACUCCGCUCAGAGGGCUUUGUACAGGGACGUGAUGUUAGAGAACUACAGGAACUUGGUCUCCCUGGGUGGGGAUAACUUCCCUCCAGAAACCGAUAUUUCUGCUGGACUUGCAAGCAAGGUAUUAUCACCAAAAGAAGACAUUAAUAAAGGGGAAUCAUACCAUCUGGUGAUAUUGGAAAGAAAUGAAAGCCAUGGUAUCAAAGGUUUUGACCUCAAGGAAGUCUGGGAAAAUAUGCAUAAGUUUGACAGCCAGUGGGGAUAUGAUGCAAGAAAUUACAAAGGAGUGCCUUUGACAUAUAACAAAAAUAUCACUUGUAGAAAAGAUAAACAUAAUAAAUGCUCAGUUAAUUUUUCUUUAAAGCAGAGUGUUUCUGUAAGAGAAAAUACAUACCAAUAUUUCAUACAUGACAAGCUAUUUAUAAGGAAUUUGUUAAGAUUGAAUAAUAAUCUAAGCUAUGCUGGAAACAAAUAUAUGAAGUAUUUUGAAAAUACGAUUGGACCAAGUUUACAGGCACAUCUGGCUAAACUGCAGAGAUUUCAAACUGAGGAGAAAACUUAUGAAUGUAAUCAAGUUGAGAAAUCUAUCAACAGUGGUCCCUCAGUUACAUCACUUCAAACAAUUAUUUCCAGUGCCGAAAGCAACAUUUAUAAUAAAUAUAGGAAGAUUUUAAAAUGCCCUUUGUUACCUACACAAUACAGGAGUACACACAUUAGAGAAAAAUCAUACAAAUGUGAUGACUGUGGAAAGGCUUUUAGCAAAAAUUCAAACCUCACUAAUCACCAGAGAAUUCAUUCUGGACAAAAACCUUACAAAUGUAAUGAGUGUGGCAAAGCCUUUAACCAGUGUAGGAACCUCACUAGACAUCAGAGAGUCCACACAGGAGAGAAACCAUAUAAAUGUAACAUAUGUGGCAAGGUCUGUAGUCAAAAUGCAAACCUUGCAAGUCAUCAGAGAAUGCAUACUGGAGAGAAGCCUUAUAAAUGUAAUGACUGUGGUAAAGCUUUUAGUCAACAUUCACACCUUUGGGGUCAUGAGAGAAUUCAUACUGGAGAGAAACCUUACAAAUGUAAUGAAUGUGGCAAAGCCUUCGCUGAGCGUUCAAGCCUUACUCAACAUAAGAGAAUCCAUACUGGAGAGAAACCCUACAUAUGUAAUGAAUGUGGCAAAGCCUUUAAGCAGUGCUCAAGCCUCACUAGACAUCAAAAUAUACAUCGUGGAGAGAAACCACACAAAUGUAAUGUGUGUGGCAAGGCUUUUGUCCAAAGUUCAAGCCUUAUGGAACAUCAGAGAAUUCAUACAGGAGAGAAACCUUACAAAUGUAAUGAGUGUGGCAAAGCCUUUACUAAGCAUUCAAAUCUUACUCAACAUAAGAAAAUCCAUGCUGGAGAAAAAGAAACCUUACAAAUGUAGUCAGUGUGGCAAAGCUUUUACCCAAUUUGCAAACCUUACUAGACAUCAGAAAAUACAAACUGAAAAGAAACACUGUAAACAUAAUCCAUG